AUGGCGAUCAGGUGUUUGCUGCUCCCUCUGUCCCUGCUGCUUCUCGCGGCUAGCUCGGCCGUGGCUCAGCUGGAGAUAGGAUACUACAGCAAGUCAUGUCCGUCCAUGGAGGCGAUCGUCCGCGAGGAGAUGGUGAAGAUCAUCGCCGCCGCGCCCAGCCUCGCCGGCCCGCUCCUCCGGCUUCAUUUCCAUGACUGCUUCGUCAGGGGCUGUGAUGCGUCCGUGCUGCUGGACUCGACGCCGGGCAACACGGCGGAGAGGGACGCCAAGCCGAACAAGAGUCUGCGGGGGUUCGGCUCCGUGGAGCGGGUGAAGGCCAAGCUUGAGGCUGCAUGCCCGGGCGUCGUCUCCUGCGCCGACGUGCUCACGCUUAUGGCCCGCGACGCCGUCGUCCUCGCCAGAGGUCCCUUCUGGCCUGUGGCGCUCGGCAGGAGAGACGGUAGGGUGUCCGACGCCACCGAGGCCAGCCACGAGCUGCCCCCGGCCUUCGGCGACGUCCCUCUGCUUGCGAAGAUCUUCGCCUCCAAGGGGCUAGACCUCAAGGACCUCGUCGUCCUCUCCGGCGCCCACACGCUUGGCACCGCCCACUGCCCGUCGUACGCCGACCGCCUCUACAACAGCUCCACCGCCGGCGAGGACGGCCUAGUCGACCCGUCGCUGGACAGCGAGUACGCCGCCAAGCUGAGGCUCAAGUGCAAGAGCCUUGACGACGGGACUGGCAUGCUGUCGGAGAUGGACCCCGGCAGCUACAAGACCUUCGACACAAGCUACUACCGCCACGUCGCCAAGCGGAGGGGCCUCUUCCGCUCCGACGCCGCGCUCCUCACUGACGCCACCACCAGGGAGUACGUCCAGCGUGUGGCUACAGGAAACUUCGACGAUACGUUCUUCAGCGAUUUUAGUGAGUCUAUGAUUAAGAUGGGUAACGUCGGCGUGCUCACUGGAGCCGACGGAGAGAUCAGGAAGAAGUGCUACGUCCUCAACUAG